AGCUUACAUUUGUGGCUCUAGCUGUACUAGAUGCAAACAUACGAGACAUGUUUGGUGUCCGUAUUGAUGGGUGAUUUGCGGAAGCUGUGGCUGGAUGGAUCAGCUAAAACAACCAGUUGGCUAUUCAAGCCCAGUUGGAAGCGCAGAGUGGCUUCAGCUUCUACAGCUGCAACUGGGUGGUGCCUUUACCUGGGCAACCAAUGAAUCAGAGGAAGGCUUUACCAUCAACAAUGAGCGCUUUGUCAUCUCUGGUCUGCUAGGAGAAGGCAGCUUUGGUUCUGUUUAUCGCUGUUCUUGCGAAGGGCAUCAGCUUGCUGUGAAGAUCCUGAGCACAGAGAGGAUUGCGAUGAUGACGAACUGCUCGCAGGACAUUGUGCUGCGGCGGAUGUUGCAAGAGCCGGAGAUCUUGGGAUGCUUGGGAGGCCAUCCAAACAUCGUGCAGCUGCGCUGUGCAGCGGUUUCUCAGCAAACCUUGCGGAUCUAUAUCGUGAUGCAGCUGCUUGAAUGCAGCGACCUCUUCACAGAGAUGCUACGUCGGAGACAGCCCUUCAAAGAACGAGAUGCGCGAGAGGCAGUAUCACAAUUGGUGAUGGCGGUUGUGCAUUGCCACCGUCGUGGUGUUGCACAUCGGGACAUCAAGCUGGAAAAUGUGAUGGUCGCCAGUGUCACACCCUUUGUCAUCAAGCUGAUUGACUUUGGGCAGGCGAUCAUGCACGAUCAGCGAGUGGAGCAAAUGACCAGUAUGGCGAAGACGCUGACAACGACCUCGGUCUAUACCCCGCCAGAGGUUAAGUCCAAAGCGGCAGAUGACUUGCGCUAUGAUGCUUUCAAACUCGACUGCUUUGCGGUUGGGGUGGUGCUCUACGCUUUGUUGAUGAGUGCUUGGCCACAAACGAGACAGCCUGGUGAGUUUGAGAAGCAUCCCUUGUGGAAGCGCCUUUCCAUACAAGCGCAAGAUCUCAUCAGGGGCCUGUUGGAGCCUGAUCCGCAGAAGCGGCUGUCGAUGGUAGAUGCUCUGCAGCAUCCAUGGCUCUGCCAAAAAAGUAGCAUGGGGACGAGGAGCUCCAAGUCUCCGACACCCAUGGACCGAGAGAGUGAGAUGCAAGUCCUGCUGUCGGCACAAUCUUUGAACAAGGCGCUUCAGAGAGAGCGUGGUUCAAGUUGCUGGCUGAUCAGCGGCCAUACAGAUGCAGAGAGCGCCUGCAUUUGGUUUCGCAAGUCUACAGACGAGGCCUUCGAGCACGUGGAGGAGAGAUUGUCUUUCCUGAAUUUUGAAGGCGUAUCGGAGAUUGCGCGCGAGCUUUUGAAGCUUCGAGAGUUCACGGCUCGUUUGCGAGGAUGUUGCAACCUCCGUAGCAAUAUGCCCGAUGCCUUUCCUCAGAAGUUCGAUGAAGUCUUCAGCGGCUACUGCAAGCUGAACGAAGAUCUGAUCAAUUUGAUUGGUUCGCUUCUGGUAGCCUUUAAAGGCAAUGGCUCUGUGGCUCCAAGUGCAGUAGAGCUGAAAUUAAGGAUGUUGUUGCAUAUAGCAGAACAACUUGGCCGCGAACGUGGCUUCAUGUCCUUUCACAUCGGACGGCCAGAGCUUAUGCACUCACUGAGUGCCCAGUUGCGCUUUGCAAAGAUCCAAGGUUGCAGGCAGUAUUUGGUUGGCAGCUCUUCCCCAUACACGCAGCGAGAAGUGGUGUCUACGGCAGAUGGACUUUUGCCCAGCUUGAGGCUGGCAGAAGAACCAGUGCUGAGUGCCUCAGAGAUCGCGGCACUCGAGCGAGCCGAGGAGGAGGUGAUGGCCGGCAAAGCAGACACUUUCGAGUGGUUCGCCUUUUUGACGGGAAUGAUCGACAAGGUGCACCAACACGUUAGCAUGACGGUGGUGCUAUUUGUUCAAGACUUGACAUCGGUGCGAGUGGAGGACACGGGGCUUGGACAAUCAGUCCCUUCACUCUCAUCAGCUGCUUCAGAGAUUGGGAUGCAGUCUACCCCGAGCGUUCUGGGUUCACUGCGUGGCAGUCGUGAAAACCUUGGUGUCAGAGGAAACAGUUAUGACUCAAGAGGAAGCAACGGCGUGGCAGGCUCGCCAGCACAUGUGAAAAGACAGCUGUCUCCUCCUGAGAAGUAUGCAGCAUUGCUACAGGCAGCUGCCGUUCUGCAUCAAGAGGAGGAGGUUGUCCCAGGCCUGGGCACGCUGGGCUCCUUUGGACCUUUUGGAAGCCUGGGUGCCAACCGUGCAAUGAGUGGCCUGUCUCCUCCACCCUUUCUUGCACAGAAGGAGCAUACUCCGGUGAAGGUGAUGCCGCUCAACACCCCCGAAGCGACACCCAUCCAUCCUGGCAUAUGGUCAGGCAAUCCUAUGCAGCCACAUCAUAUGCAGGCACUGCCAACCAUGCCGCUUGCAAUGUAUUCAACGCCUGCAGCUACUCAGGUGGAUGGGCUUUUGUCGCCUGCAUCUGCACCGCCUCCAUCCCUGGGAUCUACACCUGCACCAAGGAGCGUGGUGGUAUCCAAGGGCACCAUUGGCCAUCCACAUUCUUGCCGACGUUUGGGGUGCAAGUUCGCCUCCAAAGAACGUGGCUGUCGAGAAGGUGCCGAGUGUCCCAGAUGCCAUUUGUGUGUCUGGAGCCGUGCAUCUGAAAAGGAGGCGAGCCAAGCUGCUUGAGGUGAAGCACGAGCGCAUGUUGCUGAAGCUUUGGUGAGGAGUUCUAACAAGCUCUUUAACACCCUAAAAUGUUUGUUCAGCUCCCAUCAACUCCAGUUGGCAUGGGAUACAUUGGAAGUGUCGGAAGUGACAAUGCAACACCUCCGGACCUACAUCCUAG